AUGGCUCCGGCUUAUGGUCUCCCUCCCACUCUCAUUCCGGGAGAAGGGGAGGCAAGGAGGGUCUCGGGUGUUGGGGGUGCUCUUGUUGUUUUGAAUGGGGGUGUUGCUAGUGGAGGAAAUGGUGGUGGUGCUUCUUUUUUGGGUGGUGGGACUGCAACUUCUGUUUCGGGUGAUGAUGUGCAAGGAGGGUCUGAUGCUAGUAAGAAGAGGAUCGGGUUGCCAUGGUCAGCCUUGUUUUCCUCUUCAAGUUCUUCGGCUAUUGAAGAUGGAUUAAAGCUUUCUUUUGUUGAACCUUUGAAGAUAGAUGGAGAGCUGGCUGCUAAAUGUCCUUCUUGGGUGAUCAAUAAUGGGCUGGAAAAGUGGAGGAAUACCCUUAUGGGUCACUUUAUUGGAGGAAGACCUAGCCUCCCCUAUGCCAGAGAUAUGCUUUUGAAGCAAUGGAAGGUUGUGGGGCAUGUGGAUGUCAACCUGCUUGAUAGUGGAAUUUUCAUUUUUCGAUUCAACCUUGAAGAUGAUAAAAUUAAGGUCCUUGAGGGGGGUCCUUGGUAUGUUCCGAAAAGGUCGAUGAUCCUUCGACCUUGGAGUCCAUUUGCUAGUAUGGAGAAGGUGGAUUUGUGUUCUGUACCGGUGUGGAUUACUCUUCCUAAUCUACCUUUUCAUUUCUGGUUGUCGGAAGCUCUCAGUUCAAUUGGCAGUGUUAUUAGGAGACCUAUUGUAACUGAUAAAAUGACAAGUUCUAUGGAACGCUUGUCUUAUGCCCAGUUAUAUGUGGAGAUCUCUGCCGGUGAAGACCUCCCAUCUUCUAUUCCGAUCUAUGAUGAUGAGGGGUUUUGCUUUUAUCAGCGUGUGAAUUAUGAUUGGAAGCCGCCCUUAUGCAAGCAUUGCAAGGUCUUUGGUCACUCGGACUAUACCUGUAAGUUUGGUAGUGGAGAUGCAAAUCAGAAGAAUUCAAAGCCCAAGAAAGAGUGGAGAGUGAAAAACUCAGUGAAUCAUGAUCGUGAGGAUGCAGGAGAUGGUGGAGACUCCUUGGCCCAAGAUGGUGGUGGUUCCUUGGUCGGAGGUGAAGGUGGCCAUUUGACCGGAGGUGGGGCUGAUCGUGGUGCUUUGCAACCAGCUGGACAGGUUGACUCGGGUGAUUCAAAUUCAAAUUUGUUACCCAUUAUUUCUUGCAAGAAUAAAGGGAAAGUUGGAAGAAGCCAACCUGAUUCAAUCUUGAGUAAAAAAGGAAUGGGGAGAGAUUCGUCUAAUUCUGUGGAUAAAGAUAAAGAGAAGGAAAUUGCACACCCAAAUGCCUUUGCCUUGCUGGAAAAUCUAACGGAGGAGAUUCGAUACAACCCGGAGGACAUGAUGCUGACCCAGAUUCAUGCGCAAUUCUUUGAGGAAAUGAAUUAUUUGCCGAGGAGGACAAAGAGGAAGGAGAGAUUUAUCAAGAAUAAUGGUGCUGAUUCUUUGGAGAAGGGAGAGAUUGAUGGAGUGAAUAUUGUAGGAAGAUUCGCUGAGGUGGCCAAAGAUAAUCCGAUGGAUAUGCUUGGAUUAGGCAAUCUUAAUUCCUCCAAGUCGACUUCAUUGGAUCCGAUCUAUUCUAAUCUGACGAUGGAUAAAGAUGAGGCAGAAUUAGAAGGCAGCAGAGAUUCGUUCCACUCAGGGGUCUUCAAGGAAAGUGGUGAAGCUGAUUCUUCUAUUUGGAUUUGGUUGGGCUGGGAUACAAAUGUUUUUAAGGUUGAAGAAGUUCAAAAAUCUCAACAAUUUAUUCAUGUUAAGGUGUCGGUGUUGGGCACUUCUGUUGCCUUUCUCUGUACUGCAGUAUAUGCCUUUAAUUCUAUGGAGGACUGUAGGGAUCUUUGGAGGGAGGUGGAUGCAAUUGCCAACAAUAUCUUGGAAUCCCGGGUAGUCCUUGGGGACUUCAAUGUGGUGCGACAUCAAAAUGAGAAGGUUGGAGGAGACCCUAUUCGGGUUAUGGUUAAUUUGACUUGGAUGGAUGUUUUAAGAUCCUCUGAAGCUGUCUUUCUUCCUCCAGGUCUUUUGGAUCAUUCUCUAGUAGUUUUGUCCAUUCUUGAAGAUGCUAACUUCAGCCCAAAACCAUUCCAAUUCUUUGAGGCUUUGAUUGGCAGAAAUGGUUUUGAUGACACUGUUCUUAAGGGAUGGAACCAGUCGGUUAGCAUGGCUCUUAACCCUAUCCUCCGUUUUGCUGCCCAGCUUAAAAAUGUAAAGAAGGAGCUUAGGAAAUGGAACAAAGUAAGUGUGGGAGAUGUGUUUCAAGCGGUUAAAGCUGCAGAUUUUAAGCUGAAUCAGAUUCAGUGCACUCUUGGUGCUUAUCCAGAAGAUCUAGACUUGGUCUCCAUGGAAUCACAAGCCAAACCAAAAUUAUGGGAAGCUCUGGCUAUUGAUGAAAAGUUCCUAAAGGAGAAAUCCAGGGUUAAACAUAUCCAGUUGGGUGAUGGAAACAAUAGCUUCUUUCAUAAAUCUAUGGUUUGCAGACAGAAUAGGAAUCAUAUUUUGGAGAUUCGGGAUGAAGGGGGAGUCAUUAUCAAGGAACCAAAUCUCAUUAAGAAGGAAGAAAUUUCAUUUUAG